AGUAGUGCGUUGAAGCAGCGGCGGCCCCGUCGUCGUGCAGGCGGCCGGACUCGUACGCUGCUCGCUGCUCUCUCUGACUCAGUUUAACCUGGCGCGGCGUUGGUGCCGUAUAUAUCACACACGAACGCGACGCGGCAGCAGCGACCGAUACGGCACGCGCAUCAGGCCAAAAAAAAAAAGAUAUUAUUAAGAUUUUUCUUACGCGGCUAAAAAUAUAAUAAUAUAAUAAUAAUAAAUCGGAGACCGAAGCAGCAGCAGAGGCAAGAAGAGCCAGAAGAAUCGGAGAGAAAAUCGGGGGGACGAUCGGCCGUGCCCUAAAAGACCGUCUUCUCUCUCUUUCUCAAAGUGUGUAUAUAAUAAUAUCGUCUAGUUUGUGAUAUUCGCGCACGAUAUUAUUAUUAUUUGUAAUUUUUGAACGUGUGCGCACUCGUAGCGGUACGAAACAAGUGUGUCUCUCUUUGUAAAGACAACAACAACAAAAAAAGGAAACAAAAAUGGUGAACACGAAAGAAGCGGCGGCCACGGCGAAAAAUCAGCAUCAUCAUCAUGCCCACUCGAAUCCGUACGAGCGGCCGCCGAGCAUGUCGUUCGGCCAGCAGUUCAAAAAAUUCCUCUACAAUCCGGAGACCGGCGCGGUCUUCGGCAGGACCGCCAGCAGUUGGGGAAAAAUCGGCCUCUUUUAUCUGGUGUUCUACGGCGUGCUGGCGGCCCUCGUGGCCAUCUGCUUCUGGGGCUUCUUCCAGACGAUCGACCCGAGACGGCCCACCUGGCAGCUCGAGCGCUCCAUCAUCGGUACCAAUCCUGGUCUAGGAUUCAGGCCACUGCCACCGGCGGAAAAUGUCGAGAGCACGCUGAUUUGGUACAAAGGCACCGAUCGAGGGAAUUACAAGCACUGGGUCGACUCGUUGGAAUCUUUCCUCAGAGAUUACAGAACACCCGGUGCGACGCCCGGACGCGGCGCCAACAUCGCCAACUGCGACUACGAUCGUCCGCCGGGUCCCGGCCAGGUCUGCGCCGUCGACGUGAAGAACUGGGUGCCCUGCACCGUCGAGAACUUCUACGGCUAUCACAAGUCCUCGCCCUGCAUAUUCCUCAAGCUCAACAAGAUAUUCGGCUGGAGGCCGGAAUUCUACAACGACACGAACGCCCUGCCGGAGAAGAUGCCCCGUAGCCUGAAGAAGCACAUCAAGGAGAUCACGAAUCGCAACGAGCUGAACACGAUCUGGGUGUCGUGCGAGGGCGAGUACCCCGCCGACCAGGAGAACAUCGGCCCCGUGACGAUACUGCCCAGGCACGGCUUUCCCGGCUACUAUUAUCCCUACGAGAACUCCGAGGGUUAUCUCAGUCCCCUCGUCGCGGUGCACUUCGAGAGGCCGCGAACUGGUAUUCUCAUCAACAUCGAGUGCAAGGCUUGGGCGAAGAACAUCAAGCACGACAGAACCGACAAGAUCGGCUCGGUGCACUUCGAGCUCAUGGUCGAUUAAACGAACGAAAAAAAAAAAGUAAAAAUCACGAAGACAACAACGACAGCAAAAG